AAAGAAUAAACCGGAAGUUACUGAAUUCUAUGCUAGCACGCAUGCUAAGGUUGUUUACUAGCACACGUGAUUGGUUGAAAGUGCAACAAUGAACAGAUGUGGAAGAACUUCUCUCACGGGCGACUGGAGAUCCAGUCUGAACGCCCUCUUAUCGCUCUUGAGAACACGGGAAAAUUGUCACCGGUGGUGGGCUGAGGCACCGUGCCUCAGCCGGGGCCAGGCUACUGCCGCGGCGACGCAAGCUCCAGACGCCGCGAAAAGAAAGAAAUCCCCGCUUCGAGCCAUAGACUUGGCUCGGAAGCUCCAACAGGCGGAACCCAAAGUCCAGGCGGCUGAAGCUCCGAUGUCCAGCGUGCAGAAGAAGGUGGCGGAGUUAAAAAGGUUCAGUCUGCAGCUUCAGAAAGUUCAUCCCAACGUGCUAGCCAAGCACCUCAGCAGAAAUGUUCUGUACCAAAACCAGCAUGUGGUUCUUAUCAACAAACCCUACAAUGUUCCUCUGCGAGAUUCCAGCAAGGACACUUCCAUCUCCUCUGUGCUUCCUGUCUUGGCCAAAAUGAUGGAGGGUAUGAAGGCCAGGUGUGAUUCUCAGCUGCUGCCAUGUUUGGGGCUGGAGAAGGAGAUGACGGGAGUUCUCCUCCUGGCGAGGAGUGAAGAAGCAGUGGAACACAUUUAUGAACUUCACAGGAGUAAUGAAGUACAGAGAAAAUACUGGAUCGUCACCGUGGGCGUGCCAGUGCCAUCUGAGGGCAUCAUCGACAUUCCCAUCAUAGAGAGAGAAGGCAGUCCACCGUCUCAUUUCAAGAUGGGCCUGAGCCCCGUCUACAGAAUUAACGAGAGAGGCACCGGACUCACUAAAAUGCGAGCCCAUCGUCAAGCCCUUCCUGCCGCCACCAAGUACAAAGUCCUGGACAGCAGUAGCGGGUGCAGCCUGGUGGAGCUGCAAGCUUUUACUGACGUGAAGCACCAGUUGAGGGUCCACAUGGCGUCUGCGCUGGCGUGCCCCAUUUUGGGCGACCACAAAUAUUCGCACCAGAGCAAACUGGCACCACAGAAACUGCCGGAAGGCGUGCUGGGGAAGCUGGGCCUUGAGCAGAGUAAAGUCCGCCAUGUUCCUCUUCACUUACAUGCCAGACAGAUGACACUGCCUGGAAGCAUCCAAGUGUCAUGUCCGCUGCCUAAAUUCUUUAUCCAAACACUCAAUCAGUUGCAUUUAACUUUUCCCAAGCAGAAAGACGACAAAUAAACCAUGUGCUAUUUUUAAAUGGGAUAGAAAUACUAAACAUCAUUUUGUAAAUCAUUUCAAUAAAUAUAUCUAAAUGCAAGUGU